AUUACUUUUAUCAGAAAAUAUUACUGCAGUAUUUUGUAUCUAUUUGACUACAAACAUUUAAAUAAAGUUUAGCCUAAUUUUGAAUCGCAUAUUUUUUAAAAUGUCUGUUAUAGCAGUUGGUGGAGUUCCAAUGAAAUAUAGUUUAGUAAGGGUGAUAAAACUAGUGGCACCGGCCAUAAAAGGUCACUUUGAAGGGUUAAAUUUCGCUCCGGGCAUAAAAAAUACAAAGAUUUGCUACUUACGUCUAUCUGAAAAGCUGGACCCUCUUCAAGUCGUCGAGAAUAUAAAUUCAAAACCCCUUGGAACCACAAAAAUAAAAGCAUUUAUUCCAGACCAUGUUCCAGAUUUGCCGCUUGCCUCUAAAUUGAAACAAAUUCCACCAAAAUUGAGAAAGUCUUUAAGAAUUCCACAAGAAUUUACGCCACAGCAGUUAAUAUCCAUAACUCAUAGUCUGAUCAUGCAAGAGAUGCAAUCAAAAUAUACAGGAUUAUACGAGCUCAGCAAUAAAACUGGGACGAAAGGAAACCAUGAAUUGCUUAAUAUGAUCGGCCAGGUGGUGUUUGAUCGUCUCAAUGAAAUAAUGAAAUCAGGUCCUCCAAUCGAAACAUGUUUCCAAUUGAGCAAGUCGUAUCGCAAGAAACACCCCCACUUUGGUGAUUUCCAGUUCAUCCUGUCCACUCUGCAUCAGCUGCAAGAUGCUGAGGGGAAGCCCCGGGAACAGAUACAAGAGAGUGAACUGACUAUUCAAGUUGCGCCUUACAAGCUAGACAACAUACAAGCGGCCUGCAAUAAAUAUACUGAUAAAAUAACCAGCAAGAUAUUGCAUCAUGUGAAUAAUCUGAAAACAGAAGUGAAUCCGGACAAUGAUUCCAUGGAGGAAGCGGCCAGGGUCAAGGUCAGGGAGCAACUUAAGAAACUGACACCUUAUCUACCAAAUAUAAUCAAACACACUGUCAAUAAAUACUUCAUUCCGCAUCAGAGAAGCUGCCAGUUAGUCAGGGUGUACGGCGAGCCGUACCUGCCGAAGAAGGACGUGAUGGCGCCGUGGGCGCGCCGCUACCGCGCCCUCCCCACGCGCGACCAGCGCAUGUACAACCUGCUCGCCCUGCGCGUGCCGCGGGACGCGCUGCUCGCCCUGCUCGCCGCCGACGGCACGCUCGUCGGUGGUUCCAAGUUGGUGAUAAGACCUGCCGAUCUACCUCGGUAUAAAAUGCGAGUCGACUCGUUCAGCAAUCAAGCGAGCGCGACGGAGGACUCGAAAGCGACGGAGUUCGAGGAACUCGACGGCGACUUCAUCGGAGAGUGGAACGAGCAGUGGUAGCGUUUGUGACAAUUGUAAA